UAGCACCAAGAAGUCGCAAGGCUGUACAGACGUACAUGACAAACCUGAGUAGGAAGAACAGAUUGACGUUGUUUUGAAUAAACGACCACGACAUUCAAGAAUACAUUUCAUACGGUAGCAAUUUCGCUUAUCUGUUUCGAUGCUUAUAACAUUUUCAUAAAGCCGGUAGCAUUUUCACUUUUUUACCAACCUAUACAUAAACAGAGCUUCUCUUCUGUAGCUACAAACAUUUCAUGAGAUUGGAAGGAGAAACAGCUGUAGCGGAUACUUUUUUUAUAUUCAUCUAAUAAUACUGGAUUUAAAUUUUCAGUCGUUAAGGAUAGAUGUUAGUUACUUAUAUUGAUGGCACCUGAACAAGUUAUUACUAUAUCGUUUGUCCAUGCGUUACCUUGUCAAAUGUUAAAAAGUUUAUCCCGUUUAGUUAUGACCAAACCAGCAGAUUUCGUGCAUUCGUAAUGCGUACAUUAUUAACUGCCUGUGAUGCUGCAUGGUUGUGACCAAUUGUACAGCGCAAUGAGUAUGGUGUCCUGUUAUAGCACUGCGAGUACAAUAUUAUUAUAAAUCCUUAAUGUCGAUUAAAUAUUUCCUACCGUCAUCCCAAUCAUGACUAGCACUGUGGAAAGGAAUUCAUCACUACACCGGAAAGUUAGCUUUCGCAGGAGCGAUAUAGCGGCUAAUUUUCCCGACCGAAGAGACAGCUCCCGAAGAAAAAAAACUCUCCUCGGAAAGUUGUCAUCGGCUGUGCAAGAUUUUGUAGCUGACGAAGAAGAAGUGAAGCUACGACUGGCUACAAUAUGCAUUCACGAGUCGGUGAUCGGCACCAUGGAAAAGAUAGCCGACUCUUUCGAGAUUGUUCAUGCGGCAUUAACGAAUCUGCGCUCGCAAAAUGCCAAAUUGAACGAGACAUGGAAUAUCUAUGUGCGCUAUCAAAUGAUGAAACAAAUGAUUAAAGAUGUCCUGAAACUAAAUGAGGAAUCAUCGAAAAUUCUCUUUAUACCACAACAAGAUCCGGGAGAAGUGCCGCUGGCCUAUGCUCAACGCUUGGUGAACGUAAUAAAUGCCGACAAGAAGGCCUCACUGGAUUCCUCUCAUCUUGAUCCGAAAAAGACCAACGAGCUGAAAGAUAAAUUUGACGGUGUCUCCAUUGAGGAAAUCAAUGAAGAAAAUAAUAUUCUGCACAGUGACCUUUUUAAAAUGGCCAAGCGCUAUUUGAACCUACGCAGUCUCGUUAAUGGUCUCCAGCAGGAUUAUACAGCGGCAAAGGGAUAUCCAUUCUUUCCACGUUACAAUAUGCUCCGAGCUAUGAUCAACGAUUUAAUGCGGAGUCCUGUUUUCAUUGAGUUAUGCGCAGAAGAUAUGACUCAAAACGCACAAACUAGGCGUACUAAGUAAGCAUCACCGGAAAGUCCAAAGGACAUCUCGCCUUUUCACUUUCGGCGACGAUUUUGUACAGACAAUGCGGACUACCACAUGGAUCUGUCCAUUCUUUUGCGUCCAGAAUUACACCGUUCCAAGCAAAAUUCCCAACAUUCGAAGUUUUUAUGCAGAAGCGAUCUCAGUCACAUGGUUAUUUAGAAUUACUAAUUUAUUUAUGCAACGUGAUAUGUUUUUACGGUGACAUAUUCUUGAGAUUAAAACUAUGCGGCUUAUGAUCAUGAACUCUCAUGGUCUGUUAUUAGAACACUAAGUACUUGACUAACUUUUGUGUUUAUGGAAAUUGUAUAAUUGGUUUACUUCUUUGCUGCUUUUUCAGAAUCUUGAGAAGUGUCUGUGAGAUAAAUACCAUCUUGCGCGC